CCAUGUCCUAUCCAGAAUUGCCUCUGUUACCCUGCUUUUCAAGAACCAUCAUUGAGAAUUCUAGACUGCAGAAAUAUUCCGAAUAUUUUACACACUCCACAUGCACUUACUACAAACGAACUGUUCUAUGAAAUUACUUUUAGAGAUUCUAAUUUAUCAGAAAUAUCCGAAAGAGAUUUACGAGGACUGCGGACAAAGCGACUAGAUAUGAGGAACAAUAAAAUCCAAAAUGUUCAUCCACGUGCAUUUUCCGGCCUUAAGUUCGAUCUUAUAUACAUUCACUUACAAGGUGACGGGAAAACGGCUAUUCCAUUUCACUCCCUUCACAACCUCAAAUCCUUGCGGACGGUUAUCUUGGUGAACUUUGCUCUUCAUUACAUGGACAAUUCUGUUUCAUUUCACCUACUUCCAAACUUAAGACAUCUAUCACUUAUCAAUAUGGGAACCACUUUCUUUUCGUCCUACACAUUUGAUAGCAACGCUAACAGAUUAACAGAGUUCCAGUUUCGCGACAAUCCGAAAGUAAGCACGUUUCCUGUCGGUGCGAUGAAAAAUUUGUUUUACGUUCAAAAACUGGUUUGGACCGGAAAUGAGAUGACUGUUAUACCUGCGCAUGCGUUCCGAGAUCUUGCUCAUCUAUUAGAACUAGAUAUUUCGAAAAACGAACUCAACAAAAUAGAAACACAUAGUUUCUCUGGAGUUACGGAGCACAUAAGGCAACUAAAUCUUUCCAGAAACAAACUUACUGCAGUUUCCAUAUUGGAAGAGUUCUCGAGGACACAGUGGAUAGCACUACAACAUCUGAAUCUUUCAGAUAAUAAUAUAAACCAUCUCGAGGAAGCUAUUUUUAAGAAAAUGGAAAAGCUGAUACAUUUAGAUUUAUCUUCCAAUGGUUUAACAAGUAUCAGUGCGUCAAAUUUUCAACAUCUUCAUAACCUACAAAAACUCGAUCUGAGUCGGAAUUCUUUACAUUCCGUAGAUAUCAAAGCGUUUACCUGGACUAGAUCUCUGAAUGUACUUGAUUUGCAACGCCAAGCAACGGACAGAAAACCCACGGAUUUUACGAACGCUCACGACAACAGCAUAAAACUUAAUAUCAAGAAGAUUAAUCUCUCUCACACAAGAUUGAUAGACUCCAAUUUUUGGCAAUUCCUACAAAGAGUGCCGGUUCUAAAACAUCUACAUGCUGCUCAUUCAGGGUUGUCCAUGCUGAUGCCGGGAGGGUUCCGUCAGACAAAAUUAACUCACAUAUCAUUACAAAAUAAUUAUAUUUAUGAACUGUUUCCAGAAACUUUUUCUGGUCUAGAGGAUUCUCUAGAAAUUCUGAACUUGAAGAGCAAUCGACUCAGUAAAAUUGAUGAACGUGUCUUCAAAAAUUUGAGAUCGUUAAAAGUAAUCGAUCUCUCCCUCAAUCAAAUAGAAUGUAACUGUACCAUGCAAUGGUUUUGGGAAUGGUUGAAAUUGAACUCUACUGCAGAUUCAGUCCUGGGUCAUUCGAGUCAUCGUUAUAAUCUAAAAUGCAGCAAUUUUUAUGAAAACGGAGAUAUAAACUUUGAAACGGCAAUGAGUGAUUUAGAAUGUGAAAAUGACACAAGAAGAAUCAAUGUCAACGUCACAAGUACACCCCUGAUUUCAGUGGACAAACAACAGUCCUUUAACUGGGUCUGUAUCUAUAAGAAAGCAAUCGCGAAAGACUGA